AUGCAUAUUUUGUUAAAAAUCGGUUUAGUAUCACUAGUACUUAUUGUGAUAGCCACAGCUAUCACACUUCCGAUAGUUGUGCAUUUCUUGCGACAGAAUAAGGAUACGGCUAUAUCGUCAAAUGAAACAACAACAGCAGCAGCAGCAAGUCAUACGACAUUAAUGACUUCAAGUCAAGAACAUGGUACUGUUAUGAUCCUUAUAGGAAUAAAUAAUUCAACGAGUGUCACGGCCAACAUGGGCCUGAAUAUAACUGCUGUUACAGAUGAUGAUGAGGGUGGAAAUCAUCAAUUUCUUUUCGAUGUUCAUGUGCAAGCUAAAACGACGGUUACUUUGGUGAUUACAACAUACACUCCAAAUACUGUGGGCGUAUUCUCAAUCAUUGUCACUGGUCCCAUACCGGUACAAUUCUUGCAACCAAAUAUAACAGCUCCAAGACUACCUCUGCCAUCACCAGCAAAUCUCGUAGCCUUUCGAGGUACUAAUCAGACUCUCAUUUUCGGUGUAAUAGGAUCUGCCAGUGAAAGUAUAUGGGGCACAACAAUUUACACAGAUGAUUCGCCCACGGCCGUAACUUCUGUGCAUUCUGGUUUCGUCCGCGUUGGCCAAAGAUGUGCAGUCACAUUCAUGAUACUACCUGGUCAAGAUAAGUAUAUAAGUACUACACAACAUGGUAUCACAUCGAAAUCAUGGACGGCAUGGGUGGGCAGCUAUACCAUUAUUCAAUCUACUUGCUUUGAUUGA